AUGCGAGGAUGUGCGGCGGAAGGCUCUCGAGAACUUCGGUGUAUCUGCAUUCGCUCCCUAAAUGCUAAUAGCCUUUGCUUACGCCGUGGCACGCUCGCCAACACUGCGACGCAGCACACGAGCCAUCGAUGUCCGCCGCAGUUAUGCACAGGGUCCGGUAUCUCCUGGUACGAAAUAUCGCAAGCGAAAUCAGCGAGAUCAAUGCGUGAGCUCAUCAGGGCUGCAUACACGCCCUCUAGAGGCCAUGUCAAUCGUAGCAAAGAAGCUGACCCAACUAUGAGCGUGUACACGUCGGACGCAGGCCAUUCAGCCGCUCAAUGGAUCAGAGCUCGCGCAAACUUGACCAGGCUGGCCGUCGGCACGGAUCCGAAUGGCUUCCGGGACUCUAGUACGAGCAUUCAGAGGGACAGCGUGGACCGAUACCCAUUGGGAUCUCAUGGAAUUCGUCCGGCCGAUAAUUCAAAGCGGCAUCCCUGA